AUGACCGUCUUCACAGGCGCAGGUAUCUCGGUGGAAUCUGGUAUUCCGGACUUCAGGUCUCCAGGUGGACUUUGGUCCAAAUACAAUCCCGGCAUCUACUGCGAGUACAACACUUUCUGUGAAAGCCCGCACCUGUUCUGGCAAAUGGGCAGGGAGCUUGCUCUGGAAGUGCACCUUGCCAACGGCGGUGCCGAUCAUUUGCGAGAUGGGCUUCGGGAGGCUGAGCCGAAUGCUGCCCACCGUGCACUAGUUGAUCUGGAGAACAUGGGAAAGCUUCGGACAGUUAUCACGCAGAACAUUGACUCGCUUCACCAGCGGGCCGGCUCCAGCAACGUCAUUGAGAUCCACGGCACGAUGGCCACAGCCACAUGCAUGUCUUCGGGAAAGCAGGUACCCCAAGCGGAGAUCCUUCGCCAGUGGGUAGCGGCGCGAGAAGGCAAGCCUGACAGUAGUUUGCGAGCGGAUAUUGCAACAGACAAGUGGUACCCCAAGCAUGCCGAGACAGGCGGUGUUCUCAAGCCGGAUGUGACGAUGUUUGGAGAGGCGCUGCCUGCGGGAGCCCUUGGCCGGUCCUGGAAAGCCGUUUUGGGCUCACCGGUUUGCCUGGUGGUGGGGACCGGCCUGAAUGUAAUGCCGGCCAACAUGGUGCCAGGUCUGGUUAAGUGGCGCUGGGGGACGCUCAUCGUUUUGAAUCUGGACCACUCGGGCUCAUCCAGUGCUGACAUCUUCUUGCAAGGAAAAGCCGGCGAGGUGCUGCCUCGUCUCGUGGAAGCAGUGAGGCAGCGAAAUAGUAGUGGCUAG